ACAGUGUAAAAGGACACGGACGGACACUGACCAAUCACCGUCUACCCAAGGGAAGACUACACCUCAUCCAAGCUACAAGAAGGCGAAAAAGGGUUUCCUAGUCAACAAUCCAAUGAACGAGAAAAAAUAUAAGAAACAGUCUUCAACUAAAGCAGUUAAUGAGAAAGCAGGGUGUAAGAUGCCUUGCAAGGACAUUGACCAAUCUCCGUCUAUCUAAUGCAAGACUACAUCUCAGCCAAGAUAUAAGGAGUCAGAUAAGGAAUCCAAGACAGGCACGAGGAGAAAGGUUCAUGUCCACAAAAGUCAUUCUAGACGCUGCACCAAAAAAGCAAUUGGAAGAGAAAAUUUAGCAAGAAGCAAUCCUGCACCAUUGGUAGUCCCAGAUUCUGAUGAUGAUGACGACGUGCCGCUUGCUAGAAGGAUUCAGUUAUUCCAACGGCAGCCUCCGCCACAUGAUGUGAAACAAGCAGAUCCCGUGUUCAAGGGCAAUCAUAAUAGUCCUCAGGAAGCAAACACUGACAAAAAAAAGGGAUCUCCACGCACACCGCCAGCAGCACUUGUCCAGCUCAGUGACUAUGAUUUUGAUCGCGAGUUCGACAUCUCGAUCGUUCAGUAUCCUGAAUUUGAGCAAGUACUCAAUAGUGUUGAGCAGGGGCGCGAAACUAAUGCCAUCAUCAUGCAGCCCCUGCAAACGGUCUUGCCAAACAAAUCAAGCUACCAUACACCGAGUCCAGGGAGACCGAGCUUUUCACUUGGUUUAACACAGUUUGAGAAGACUCCUACCCCUUCCCCGUUACAUUCAAUUCAUCCAACCCUGAAAAAUAUAAAGUUGGGGGAGACUAAGGAGGAACAAAUCAGAACAUGGAUAGUUAGCUCGUCCUUGGACGAAAAUCAAGAAUUAGCUAAGUAUGAAGGGCGGGAGUACAUGGUAUUACAAAGGAAGGACUUCUGGACCUUGAAACCCCACAGUUGGGUCAACAGCUGCGUAAUUCAAUGGAUGUGCUACUCUUUUAACGACAUUGACUCGUCUAGAUUCAAGCGAGACUUCUAUUGUGUGUGUCCAGGAAUAUUGGAAUUCGUCACACGAGAUAAUAAUGUUGCUUCAUUUAUUGACGGUGUGACACCAAUUUAUGCUGGUCUUAGUCCAAGCUUUGGUGAGGAUAAUAGGUUCUUUGAUAAGAUAGUAGCAGCAAAGAGAAAUUGGUGGUUAUUUCCUUAUUGUUGGAGGGGCCAUUGGUGGGUAUAUGCAUUUGAGGUGAAUGCGAAGCGCAUAGUUAUACUCGACAGUUUGCAUUCUGCACCAGAAGAUGACAAACGAGAUAAACUUGAUGCAUAUGUGGGGAGACUGUGUGAGGAUAUGGCAAGCAUUGCUAUACUUGGAUUCGUUCGGACUCCGUACGGCCCAGCUCGUUCCUACGCUAGGUUCCAAAGCAAUCGAACAAGUGAGAUGAAAAUAUAA